CACUACUAUAUAAAAGCAACUAAAUUGGAGCUUUCUAAGCACUGCCACAUGGGCACAAAUAUUCCUAGCCAAUGAAACUGCCAUGUCAAUGAAAAUCAUUUGUUGUUGAUCUAGGGUUUGCCCACUCCCGCGACUCCGGCCCUUCCAAUGCACAUACGCUUUUUUCUACGUCUGCAAUCAAAUCCAUAAAACUCUUUAUCUCCCUCUAUCUCUACGUCUACAAUCAAAUCCAUAAAACUCUUUAUCUCCCUCUAUCUCUACAUCUCUCCCUCUUUCUCUUACCAUCACUAACGGUUGCGUUUCAUAACAGGUCUCGCUAUCUAUAGUUUCAUAACUUACGUUCAACCAUAAUACUAUUGAACGGCAUCAGAAAUUCAUGAGGCGGUUCAUUGAAGUUGUUAAUCUGCUCGACAGUAUUGAACAUGCGUAAGCUUUUUCUUCUCUUUGUUCUUGAAAAUUAUAUCCCAUGACUGUUAUAUGUAAACGUUGACACUGUUCUCUUGAUUUUUUUACUUCCACCAUAGGAAACAUUUCAAGGCUGUUCUACAGCUCUCAGUAACCCUUGUUUUACCGUUUAUCAUGUAAAAAGUCAUUUGCAGGUAUGUUCUUACCCGUAUUUUGUUUUUGUGCUACUCUAAGCUCCUUUCUCAUUUUCUAUUGUCUUUAUAUUUGACCAUAUAUAUUUUUGUGCUCUCCCUGAGCUAUGAACCACACAUGCAUGAUGCCUCUAGAGAAUUAGUCACUUUUUAGAAAAGCUAAAGUCUUGAAGACAAACAGGCUAAAAAAGGACAUGUAUUUUGUAUAAUUGUGUUUCUUUCUUUCUUUCACAGGAGAACCUCAAGUGAAGAAGAUGACAUCUAUCAAAGAUAUCAAAUCUCUAGAUAUGAAAACUUAAGUAACUUUUAUGUUCCAACCUGGAAUCUUUCUUUCCUAAUUUUUAGAAUUAUGAUUGUUAUAGUGUUACUUAUAUGUUAACUUUGUCACUCUUUCUUUACCAGGAGUUUUAAGAUUACUUAUAGUCCAAGGUUACAUAUGGAAGCUUAAAAAAAGACUCCAUGAGCGGAUCCAGGUAAUGAUUAUACCUGCAAAGCUGCUAUAAACUAUCUUUCUUUCUCACCUUUCUAACCAGAAAGAGUAUUAUUCCUACGUAUCAUGACGAUUAUCUGAUAUCUUCAUAUGGCCCUUAUCCAAUGGUUCAUGCAGUUACAUAUUGAAAAAGAGAGCUGGCUACAUAUGAUGUUUUGAGAAGACAUAUGAUGUUUUGAGAAGCAACAAAAGUUACUAGAGGACAAGAGCUCUUCCUCAAUGCAAUCACCAAAGCAAUGCAACAAAACAUUUCCAGCAGCUGAAUUGGGUUUCGAGACAAACUGGAACCAGACUGACUCUGUUUCAAUAUAAAAAAAACAAAGGUAAUAUAUCUUUGUGUUUGUUUCAAUUCGAGUAUUUUUAAAGAAAUAUUUUAUCCUGGAAAAAUAAGAUACAUAUAUAUAUAUAUUUGGACAAAAGUCCAUAUAAGAGGAUACGACAAAGAAUCUGUAAUGUAUAUUUUUGUAGAAACAGAGCUCAAAACUAAAGAACGUGUGCAGAUUUCAAAUCAGAAUUCAGCAACAGAGCAUGAAGACAAUCCUGGUAAAUUGUUUCUUCUUUUAAAUCACAUGUGUGAGCACAUUAAUCUUUUUUUAAUAUACACAUUAUUGAGAAUUGAACAAAUUGGAGGAGACAAUGUUACUUGAAAGGUUGAACCUGAUGUUAAAUUCAAUUAUCAUACUUUCCUGCCUUCAGUGCUCAUGCAAUCAAGUAGCUUUGCAGAUAAAUUAGUGUUGGGGAGAUAAGUUAUUGGGUCUUUAUUUUAGAUAAGAGAAAAAUGAUGUGGACGCAUAUGCAACAUAGAAAAUGGUUGUCGAACUGUAUAUUAAUAUGUGUUUAUGUUUGACUCCAAGUAUGGAACAUGAAAGAAAGGUUUUCAAAUACGACAGAAAAGUAAGACACAAGAGCUGAAAGUGACGUCUACAGUCGGAAGAAAAAUAAAGAAGCAUUUGCAAGGAAAAAACUAAAAAUGUUUCCUUGGGUUUGUAUAUCCCCGAGAAUUAGAUUUGGAAAGUGUGUGUUUUAUUGAAAAAGGUUAGUUUGUGUGAUUUUUUAUUACCAAAAUGGCAUAGUUUUAGUGCACUUAGUAGAAUACAAAUAGUGAAAAAUAAUUUUAUAACUUCAAAUUCACUUAUAGUUUAGGAUUUUUUAGACUCAUUCUCAGUUACAUUAUGUGUAUAACAAGAUAAAUUUUCAUUGAGAUCUUAAAAAAACAAGUCAUUGCGACAUAUGUAAAAAUUUAAAUAGAACAACAAUUACAUCAAUAACUCCGCGCAAGCGCGGAGCCAAGCCCCUAGUUUCUUUAAAAGCUCCUGUUAUUCAACUAAUGAUUUCUAUUUUUUUCUUCAAAUCCUGUGUUAUUGAAUAUGAUAUUUAUCUAAAGUAGCUUAAAAUCACUUGUAAUCCACUGUUAUUCAAUUAACAAUUUACCAAAAGUAAAUCAAAUCUACUGUUAUUCAAUGUUAAACAAUUUUAAAAGAAAAACUUUAUGAAAUGGAUUUGAAACUAUUUUUUUUGUUAUUUUCAGUCAAAACUAUCGUUACACAAAUCCCACCAUUGUACAUGUUAUUUGGAAAUACCCAAAAUCAAAUAAAAAAUUGACCACGCCUAUGAGAACAGAGAGAGAACAAGGAAGCGAGAGAUCAGAGACGAAGCUUUCCAGAAAAGUACUGAACUUUCGAUUCCCUCUUGUUCAUGAAUCAAUACCCAAGUCGACAAUUUUGGAAGCCAAAGAUUCGAUUUUGGAGUCUCUCAAACCUGAAGGGACCCCUUUGAUUGUUAGAUUUGAUUUCGUCUCGAGCUUUUCGUUGGAUCCGAGAAAAAGGUUUUGUGCUCUGAAGAAUCUGAGGUUGAGCUAAGGCACACGUCGAUUGAUUUGUUCCUUUGGUGUUCUAUCAAAAGCUUUGGUUCACCCAAAUAAUCUUUGCUUCAACUCUCCGAACUCAAAAGCUUGAGGAAGUAUUCUUCUACGAGACUUCUUGCCAAGUAUGAAAGCUAAGGUAGUAGAUUAGAGCUUUGGUUCUGUCCUUCCAAGUAUGCAAGCUAAGGUACUGCUUGACAAGUAUGCAAGCCAAGUUGUUUAAUUAGGGUUUAGGUAGGUAUGCACAUAUAUAUAAAAUCAGUAACAUGGAGAAGAGCUUACAAAACUGAUAGGAUACGAGCAUCAAUCAUCUCUUUUAUUUGUCAAAUUACCUUCCAAACAAUGGGAGAUCCAAAAGACGUAAAAGGUAAAGGUCAAUACCACUCAUGGUCUGGACCUGAGCACAAGUUGUUAUUGAGGUUACUAGUGGAUGCAAUCAAUCAAGGUUUUCGUGAUGCCAGCGGCAAAUUCAACAAACUGACGGUCGAAUUCAGAAUACUAACAACUCUACAACAAGAAGUUGGAUCUAAAAAAACCUACGGUCAGUAUAAAAAUAGGAUGAAAAUCUUGAAGGGUAGGUACCAAGUGUUUGCAGAUUUUCUUCGUUGUAGUUCUGGUUUUGGGUGGGACUCUGAAACGAAAAAAUUCACAGCAGAUGAUGAAGUAUGGAAGGUCUAUCUGCAGGCUCAUCCAAAUAAUAAAUAUCUGCGUGAUGAUUCUUUUGAAGAGCUAAGGACUAUAUUUGAACAGAAUACUGCAACUGGGCAGAAUGCUGUGGGACUAGGUGAUUCUGUUGAUGCAGGAUCCUAUCAAUUUGAAGAGAACGAGAAGACAAAUGAUAAUGAUUUUGUCCAUGUGAUAUAUGAGGGAGGAGGAAUAGAACACCAGCAAACAUGUGAACCUUCAUCAAGAAAAAGCAUUGGAGAAAAGCUUUCACAUAGAAAGAAAGCUAGGACAGAUGCAUAUAACUCGGAAAGGGUUUGUGAGGAAGUUACAGAAAUCAGUAGCCAAAUUUUUGACAUGAUUCAGAAAAGAUGGGUGAAGGAAGCUGAAGAAAAAGAAGCUGAAGACAAAGCUAACAAUGUUUGGGAUGCUAUCAAGGAAAUUCCUGACUUGGAUGAUGAUUUGCGUUAUGAGGCGAUGACCCUUGUUCACAACUUAGGCAUGAAAUCUGGUUUCGUGAAUAUGUCCAUAACAGAUCGUUGUGGAUGGAUUAAAAGAAAUCUCCGUAAACCAAGUGGCUGAAGUAACAUGAUCGGAGUUCUAAAGAUAGUUCGUCAUCUUGGAGUUUUUAUUUCUUUAAAGUUGAGUUUUUAUUAUUACUUUAGCUAUGGUUUUGUUUCUUCUUUGCAGAAUUGUUAUGAUUUUUGUUCUUUAUAUGUUAUUGUUUUUGUUUUUUAGCUAUCUUCUUGUUUUCUCCUACAAUGGUAUAAUUAUAUUUUACAUAGGAAAGUAGUAUAUUCUGUUCAAAGUAAACAUUGAUUUUGGCGGCUAAAUUUGGCGGCUAAUUCGUUAGGAUACGAUUCCUUAAUGAUUUGUGUAACCUUAUUUAUUUGUCCUCUUCUUCUCUAGCUAAAGUUCAUCACCGCCGCUUUAUAUUACGUGAGUAUCUAGCAUUAUUUCACACUUUGUUCACCAAUUAGACAGUUUCUUAUGACUUGUUAUUUAUGUUUUUGUGCAGAGAUUUCAAUGGCUCAUAUUGUUAAUGCAAAUGAAGAGAUACAAAUUAGGAAAAAGAGAAAAAAGAUGUCAAAUUUCAAGAUAGACGUUGAUAUUCUCUUACUGGUCUUUUCUAUCAUUGUGAAGGUACGUAAUGUCGCUUCACGUAUUCCACAAAUUUCAAGAUGGAACGCAUAUUCUUGCGAUGAUAAGUGGAAAGGAUUCAUCUAGCUAUUGCAAUCGAAAAGGACAACUAUCACAAAAUGUUUUAGCUGCAUGCAAUUUUGAUUUAGAAUUUAUAUAUGUUCUUAGUGGAUGGGAAGGUUCAGCUCAUGAUGCUAAAGUAUUACAAGAUGCUUUAACAAGAAAUUCUAACAGAUUACAAGUUCCAGAAGGUAUGUCUGGUUCUUAUGAUUAAAAUAUUGAUGUGUUAUUUUUGUAUUUUCUUAAAACUAUUUGAUAUAUGUUAUAUGAUUUCUGGAAAAUUAUAUUUAGUCGACUGUGGAUACGCCAAUCGUCGUAAUUUUCUGGCUCCAUUUGAAGUACUCGCUAUCAUCUUCAAGAUUUUAGGGGACAGGGCAAAGAUCCUGUGAAUCAAAAUGAGUUGUUCAAUCAUCGUCAUUCAUCCUUGCGAAAUGUGAUUGAGAGAAUUUUUGGCAUCUUUAAGUCAAGAUUCCUCAUCUUCAAAUCUGCUCCACCAUUUCCGUAUGAAACACAAGCAGAGUUAGUUCUUGCAUGUGUUGUUUUACAUAAUUAUCUUCGUAAAGAAUGUCGUUCAGACGUGUUUCCUGAAGAAGUUGUUGUCGCUGAUGAUAAUGAAAGUGAUGUUCAAGAAAUAGGUGAAGAUGAGAACAUGGAUGAUGAUGUUCAAAAUGGCACUCAAGAACAACAAAGAGUGAAUGCUAAUAAUUGGAGAGCAAAUAUAGCAGCAACCAUGUGGACAGAUGCUAUGCAUAUGGGAUCUUGAUGCAGCAACAGUUUACGUUGUUUUUAGAUGUUAUCUCUGCUACUAUGUUUUUAAAUUUAUCUUUCAUGUUAUGGUUUAUGAAUUUGGUUUUUUGAUAAACAAUUUUGAUCUAUUAUAUUGGCUUUUAGUAAGUUCUGGAGCUAUCUUGAAUAUUGUCAAGAGACUGCUGUUCAAACUUGUUGCAGAGAUUGAAUUGGAAGAAGUACAAGACGAAUUGAUUAUGUAAUAUGCCAUUGGAUCUUCUUGCUUUUGGGAUCUCGAUGAGUCAACCUCAGGAAGUUGGAUAUGGAAGAGUAUCUGCAAACUUUGAUCUAUAGCUCUUUCUCUCGUUCUCACAAACGAAGGAAGAAGACAAAAUAUUGAAAUUUCACGUUUUUACUCUUUUGGAAAAAAUAGUGAUUACUUCAUGUUUUAAAAUAAUUGGACUUUGAAAAGUACUCUGAAAUUUAAGUUCAAAUGACCUCAAGUACUCUGAAAUUUUUAAAAAAUCCUAUCCAAAUCUAUUUUCCUUUUUUUAAAUCCCACCCAUCGUUUUGGGAUUUAACCCAAAUCUCUUCAAACUCCAAUAUUUUUUCAAAUCCACCCAAACUUUUAAAAUCCACAUUUCAAUACAUCCCAACUUCCAAACACCAAUUUGGAACUUGAGGGCCAAGUCCACUAAAAACAUGCAAUAAAUUUACAAACAACAUUGCUGAUGCACACCCUUUAUACACCAGGCGAGAGUUUCCACCAAUCACACCAAAGUCCACACACUCUUCAAACAUCUCUCCAGGUUAGGCAAAACCUUCAACAACAUCAUUCAAGUUAAGGAAACAAAAAGCACUAAAUCUAGAUCAAUAUGUUCCCCUCAUAAAUGCAAAGAGCCAAAAACUUUGAGUGAAUUAACUUAUUAUUUUAAAAAAUAACUGAGUGAGGAAAGCGGAAAAUGAUAACUGAGGAGAGAAAAUGUGUACAAAAAAGUGUAAACGCAGCAGCCGCGGAUAUGGGUGGUUGCGGUUGUUGCGGUUUUAAGCGUUAUUAUGUGGUUUGUACGAUUGGUACAACGGUUAAAAAUUGGUGUAUUUGCGGAUACUUAAGACUGGUUGUUACCAAAUGCAACAUCAAUUUAAUAGUAAAUUAACAAUAUUAACACUUCACAAAAUAAGAAAAUAUGAAAAUCAUAUUAUUAUAAUAAAUCUAAAAAUUAUAUUUAUAAAAUCAAAGUAUUAAUAUUUUUUUAAAAAAUUGGGUUUAUAUAUGUAUAUAUAUAUAUAUAUAUAAUAUUUUGUAAUAUUAUAUUAUACUUAUAUAAAUAGACAUGAAGGAAGGAGAAACCAUCCACAGCCCUAAUCUUAUAUGACCGAAAUAAUAUAAGAUUAUAAUCCUACCCACAACCCAUAAUACUAAAAUUUACCCCAACCCAUAAUAUUAAACCCUAAAUCUCAAUCACUAAACCCAAACCUAAAUAUAAACAUAUAUGUUUAUAAUAUUUUUAUAGAAAUUAAAAAUCUGAAAAUAUAUAUAAUAUUUUGUAAUAUUAUAUUAUACUAUAUAAAUAGAGAUGAAAGAAGGAGAAACCAUCCACAUCACACAUUUAUUGACCACACACAUAUGCACUAAAUCUUCUAAUCCAUAUGGCAGAAAUAAUAUAGAAUUAUAACCCACCCACAAUCUUUAAUAGUAAACAUUAUCCCGACUCACAAAUACAAAACCCUAAAUCCCAAUCAAUAAACCUAAACCUAAAUAUAAAAAAUAAUAUAUAUUUAUAAUAUUUACACAGCUGAAGAAAAGUAAUAGAGAUAAAUGAUGAUGAAAAUAAAAUAAAAUAAAAUAAUAAACAUAUGUUAAUGUUAAUUGGGGAGAAAAAAAACAAAAAAGAAACGAGAAGAUGUUAAUCGGUUGUCUUCGAAAGUAAUUUGGUACUAGGUGGAGAUCCGCACCUUGUGCGGGGGUGAAAUUACCUGAAAAGUAACUAAAUUUACUAUACAGCUUGUUCAUAAUUUCCAUUGGACAUUAUAUUAAAAUUCUACAAUAUGUUAUGCUUAAUUAAGUAAUAGUUAAAACAAGACUUGUAUAGCGCAAUAUUUUAGAAUCAAACUGUUGGAAUAUAUUAAAAAGAUGGACCAAGACUUUUUUUUCUUCUGGUAAAAUGGAUGGACCAUGGUUGAUAGUAGAAAUAACUAUAAACUUUGAAAUUUAAGAGGAGAUUGAAUCAAUAUGUGAAUAAGCUUACGGACUGGUUGGAUUAUAGUUUUUUUUUUUUUUUUUUUUUUUUUUUGGUAAACAUGUUAAAGUAUUAUUACCAUUUUUGAUUUGUGACAGAAGGUUACAUAAGAGACUUGUAGCAGAUGAUUAACUAAAUAGAACAAGAAACUAAUCUAAACAACACUACUCUAAAACUACACUAAACCCACCCUUACCAACGACAAACGCACGGAGCAAGACAGGAAAACAAAGCUAGCGAGCUAAAGCGAAGCUGUCUCUGAGCCACAGCAGCUCACAAUAGGUGGUCGACAUAUCACACGGAGACACCGGACCCGGUAGAAUGCGGCUUGCCCAGAGUCCGGUUCUGAAGGAUGACCUCAACACAAAGGAGCCAAUACGAACAUUGACAGUUUCACCAGGCGACUGCUAGCGAAGCAACACGGCAGACCACACAAGACGAUGAGCCGCAAGGAAGAGCGAUUAUUCAGGAAGGAGAAUCCGCCGGAAGUGCCACUCCACCGCACCUGAAACCAAGGAGACAGACCAAACCAGCACCUUCCCUAAGAGAAAGGUCAGAGACACGCCCUAGAUCAAGCCUCCGAGACUGGAUGGGACCGCACGCGCCGCCACAGAGCACAAGACCGCAGUUGACAAAUCCACAAAUCCUAACUCCACGCGCCACUACCACGGAGAACCCGAAGCAGAUAACCUUAGACCGGAGCCGAUGGCCUAACCGAAAGAGACACCACGAGAUCACCUGACAAGUCUAAAGAAACCAGGAGAGGGAAGAGAGCCAAGACCGAGGAAACACUCCCCCGGACCCGAAACCGAACCCACCACCGGAACAGACCUGCGAGAAGCGCUCGCCCUAGCCGAGAAGGAGGAAAGAGGGGCGUAAAAGAAAGCGGCCGCCGUCUUCAACACUCAGAUCUGGACCCCAGAUCGAGCUUCCGCCACCUACAAACGACCAAAGAAACCUCGAGCCCCCAGCUUUCUCAACCUCGCCGUGCUUCCAAAGACCAAGACCGACAGAUCUGAACCGCGGUGACGGCCAAGUCCCAGAACCACGAUCAUAUCGGUAGAGAUGGAGCGAAAGGUGAGAGGCGAGGAGAAGACAACACAAAAAAGAAAAGGGGUGGAGACCGACGACUAAACGACGUCGGCCGCCGGAAAUCGAUUUUAGAUCUAGGUCUUUCUUAUGUUCGGCGAGAGAGAGAGAGAGAGAGAGAGAGAGAGAGAGAGAGAGAGAGAGAGAGAGA